UCGUGUUGUUUUUACAAGAAUUCUUAAGAAUAAAGAGUUAUUUAUUAAACCAUACUCACAUAUUGUACUAAUUAAUGUUGUCAUAUUAGGAGGAUUUUACACUAUUUCAAAUUACUUAAUUUUCCCUUUGUUACUUCAACAAUUUGGAAAUGACCAAAAAGAGUUAGAGGGAAUGGUUUCAACUGUGUGGAAUGUCUUUUAUACCACAACAUAUUAUUCGUUAUUACUUUACGCUUUGUAUAAAUCAGAAAGUUAUUACAAAAUUAUAGCAGAACAAUACAAUCACAUCAAAAAUAAUUCUAACGCCCAAAUUGGAACUGGUCCUUAUUCCUUAUACUUUACAGUAUUAACUAUGACUAUGUUAGCUUCUUCAUUGCUUAUUCGAUUAAUCCCUUUUGUAAGAAUAUUUGAGUUAUUUAUCAUUGAUAUUUUAUAUGCAUUUUAUGCAUUCAAUUUAAAACUUCAAUUACGUUACCAAAAAAUGAAUUUAGAAAGAGUUGUUUAUUGCAUCGAUAGUAGGUUGUUCUUCUUUGUUGGUUUUGGUUCAUUAUUUACUUUGUCUUGUUUCUUUGUUGACCAAAUUAUUAGUAACACAUUAUAUUCUCUUCUAUUCCCAUUCGUUUGUUUUUAA